CGGGGGGCGCGGGCACCGGCGACCCCGGUGGCGGCGGCGGCGGCCGGGGGAAGCCGCGGGGCCGGUCAUGCGGCUGCGGGGCCCGCGGCCCGGAGCGUCCGCCCAGCCCUGAGCGAGGCCCCGCAGGGCGCCCCCCGCCGCUGACGAUGAGUCAUUGCAGCAGCCGCGCCCUGACCCUGCUGAGCAGCGUGUUCGGUGCGUGUGGCCUGCUGCUCGUGGGCAUCGCGGUCAGCACUGAUUACUGGCUGUACAUGGAGGAGGGAACGGUGCUGCCACAGAACCAGACCACGGAGGUCAAGAUGGCCCUGCACGCAGGCCUCUGGCGAGUCUGCUUCUUUGCAGGCCGGGAGAAGGGUCGCUGUGUGGCCUCGGAGUAUUUCCUUGAACCGGAGAUCAACUUGGUGACGGAAAACACGGAGAAUAUUCUGAAGACGGUGCGCACAGCCACCCCCUUCCCCAUGGUCAGUCUCUUCCUAGUGUUCACGGCCUUCGUCAUCAGUAACAUCGGCCACAUCCGCCCACAGAGGACCAUUCUGGCCUUCGUUUCUGGUAUCUUCUUCAUCCUCUCGGGCCUCUCCUUGGUGGUGGGCUUGGUUCUUUACAUUUCCAGCAUCAAUGACGAGGUCAUGAACCGGCCCAGCAGCUCUGAGCAGUAUUUCCACUAUCGCUACGGGUGGUCUUUUGCCUUCGCCGCUUCCUCCUUCCUACUGAAAGAGGGGGCUGGCGUGAUGUCCGUGUACUUGUUCACCAAGCGCUACGCGGAGGAGGAGAUGUACCGUCCGCACCCGGCCUUCUACCGCCCGCGACUCAGCGACUGCUCGGACUACUCCGGCCAGUUUCUGCAGCCCGAGGCGUGGCGCCGCGGCCGCAGCCCCUCCGACAUCUCCAGCGACGUCUCCAUCCAGAUGACUCAGAACUACCCUCCAGCCAUCAAGUACCCGGACCACCUGCACAUCUCCACCUCGCCGUGCUGAGGCCUGCCCCUCGGAGCCCCCCUCUCCUCCUCUCCCUCUUCCUCCUCCUCUUCCUCCUCCUCCUUCUCAGGGGUCUCCAGCCCCACAGCUCCGCACCCUCCCUCCGGGCUUCGGGAUGCGCCCCGGAGGACUGCGUGCACGCUACAGCCGCGUCUGCUUCCCGGUGGCCCCGCCCCGCCGCCCUAGCCCCUCCCACUUUCCAAGGGCUCCUCCCCCUAUCGGUCCCGUCCACUGGCAGACGGCCCCGCCUCCUCUCCCUGGGGCCCGCCCCUUUCCUCGGGGCCCGCCCCGCCCCUCCAGUCUCCUCCCCACCGGUUUCCCUCCUGUGCGCACCCAGCGUGCACCCAGCGCGCAGGGCCCGCGGUGCCCAGCGCCCACCCACCCUGAGCCCCGCAACCCGCCGCCGCCUCGCCGCAGGGGCGCUGGGCUGGAGAGUAGGUUCGGCAGCCGCCUGGAAUGCCAACCAUUCUCUUCUCCCCUGGGCCCCCGACUUCUCUCUUCGCCCGCCCACUCUCAUCUCCCGACCUUCCCGGUCCUUGGGUGCGGUGGGCGGCCUUCCUGCUGCGCCGGCGGCUGCGGGGUGGAGCGGGGCGCUGGACGCCGGGGCGUGGUUAACCUGGCGUUCCCUCCCACCCCGCCCCCCCACAGUUCUCCGCUCCCCUGGGAGGCCCCGUUCUUCCUCACCGGCUGGGCUCUUCUUGACCUCUUGAAGGUCGCCUGCCUUUUAGGGGGCGCCGUCUAACGGAUCUCCUUGCUUUCUCAGCUGCCCUUGGCUUCUUUUUCUUCCUGCUCUUCUUCCUCUUCCUCCACUCUGUCUCCCUCCUUUCUGCCCGCGCAUCCAAAGCCCCUAGGUGCAUCUAGCCCCGCACACCACAGGACAGGGAUGGAGACCCUAGGGUUCGAGGGAAUUCCUCUGUGCCACUUCCACACCUGUGCCCGCCUCUUCCCCCUCGAGGACCCGUCGGGGGAGGGAGAGGCAGUAGCGGGGGUCGAAACCCCCCAAACCUCGAAGUCUUCCAUUUUCUGGCACUCCCCCCUCAUUGAAGUCCCCCUUCCCAUCUCAGACCCCCCCCCCAACUCUGGCCUCUUUCAAGGGUCCGUCCGCCCCCUUGGACAGAUUUGGGGGGAAGGUCACCAGAAACUCGUCCUCCACCCUUAUUGGGGGAGAGAGGGCGAGGUAGCACAGUGUUGUACAACCAACCAGAAAGGCCCCGGGGUGGGGGG